AUGGCCGAGACUACUCGCGUGAGCGAGAAGGAACUCGAAAGACGAGAAGGUUUCAUCCGCGCUGGUCACAGAGAGCGUCAUGUGAUCGAUCCAUUCACCUGGAGCUAUCCUUGGAAGGGAGCCGGUGUCAUGCUCGGAGUCUCGACUGCUGCCUUAUAUUUACAAAAUAGAUGGAACAAGAAGCCAUACUACUACGCCAUUGUGCCACGUCUUCUUUUGAUCGGAGCUGCAUCUGCCAUGGGAUACGCAGCAGGAGCUCUCCGCGAAAAACACUACCAGACUAGAGAUGCUGUGAUUGAGCACUACAUGCAACUCCACCCAGAAGAUUUUGACCAUUUCAAUGAUCGCAACGGCCGUUCCUUUUCGCAAGUUCUCCUUCCAUGGUAUCCACGAAGAACCCAAUACACCAGAUACGAUUAG